AGAGGUAGAGAGAGAGAGACGUGUGAGCAAGGCAUCUCUAGAGAGGGGGGAAACUCUCCGAAAGCACCAAAAAGACCUCGCCUCAAGGGCAGUACGAUCGCAAACAAAGCAUCUCUCUACUUAAAGCAACCCAGACUCCCGGUGAGCUAGAGAGAGAGGCAGAGCUUUAGAGAGAAAGAGGGAAUAGAGGGAAGGAGGAAGGAAGGAAGACGAAGAUGGGUCGCGGCAAGGUGGAGCUGAAGCGGAUCGAGAACAAGAUCAGCCGGCAGGUGACGUUCGCCAAGCGCCGGAACGGGCUGCUCAAGAAGGCGUACGAGCUCUCGCUGCUGUGCGACGCCGAGGUCGCGCUCAUCAUCUUCUCCGGCCGCGGCCGCCUCUUCGAGUUCUCCAGCUCGUCAUGCAUGUACAAAACACUCGAGAGAUACCGCAGCUCCAAUUACGGCUCACAGGAAAUAAAAACUCCAUUGGACGGUGAAAUCAACUACCAGGAUUAUUUGAAGUUGAAGACCAGAGUUGAAUUUCUUCAAACUACACAAAGAAAUAUUCUUGGUGAGGAUCUGGGUCCACUUAGCAUGAAGGAGCUUGAGCAGCUUGAGAACCAAAUAGAGAUAUCCCUGAAACAUAUCAGGACAAGAAAGAAUCAAAUGUUGCUUGAUCAGCUCUUUGAUCUGAAAAGUAAGGAGCAAGAACUACAGGACCUUAACAAGGACCUCAGGAAAAAGUGCCAGUUGCAAGAAACCAAUGCAGAGAGUGUGCUACAUGUUUCCUGGGAAGAAGGUGGGCACAGUGGCACUAGUGGGAAUGCCAUUGAACCUUAUCAGGGAUUCCUUCAGCACCCAGACAAUGAUCCUUCCCUACAGAUUGGGUACCACCAACAAGCCUACAUGGACCAGCUGAACAACGAAGACAUGGGGGACCCAAACGAGCACGGUGGAUCCGGAUGGAUUUGAAGUGCUCAGACGACUGAAAUAAGCUGAUGCAUGGCCGGCCUAGCAGGACGCAUUUCCGGCCCUCUUCUACGCAUUAUUGAAUGAAAGUUUGAUUGAAACUGCUCUUGAGACUUCCCAAAACGAUGAAGAGAACAGGGGAGCAAUUCGAGCCCGUAUUGUACUGUGCCGGUGAACGGCACCGUGUGUGUGAUUGUAAUGCUACCUUUGAGACCUCGUGUUCGUGUGUGGCGAAGCUUGGAACUUUAUAUAUCUAGCAAUGGUAUUUGUCAUUUGUGCGUGGUGACUGCAA